AUGUCCAAGAAAGUCGGCAAGUCCUUGGGGAAAUUUAACGUCGGUGACGAUUAUAAAAUACUUUUUGGCCUCGGAGAAGGCGCAUAUGGGACGGUCGCCGCCGCCGUACAUAAGCCCACUGGACGACAGGUCGCAAUCAAGAGAGUUCUGCCCUUCGAGCACACCCUCUUUUGUCUGCGAACUCUGCGGGAGCUGAAACUCCUACGUUUGUUCGCUGAAACUUGCCUUAACGAGAAUAUCGUCUCCAUCUUAAGUAUCAUCAAACCACCAUCCUUGGAUGAUUUCAAGGAGAUAUAUUUCGUCCAGGAACUGAUGCAGACCGACCUCCAUCGAGUCAUCCGGACACAGCUCCUCUCUGACGAUCACUGUCAAUAUUUCGUCUACCAAACCCUCCGCGCCCUCCUCUCGAUUCACACCGCCGAUAUCGUCCACCGCGACCUCAAACCCUCAAACCUCCUUGUGAACGCUAACUGCGACCUCAAAGUAUGCGAUUUUGGGCUAGCCAGGAGCGUCAAGAGCUCGAGUUUGAUGGGCGGUAAGGAUGUAGGGAUGAUGACGGAGUACGUGGCGACGAGGUGGUACAGAGCGCCGGAGAUCAUGCUUUCGUUCAAGAUGUACACCAAGGCGAUAGACAUGUGGGCCGUUGGCUGCAUUCUUGCUGAAUGCCUCAGCGGACGACCACUAUUCCCCGGACGAGAUUAUAGCCACCAGCUUGACCUCAUCCUCGACGUCAUCGGCACGCCUACUAUCGAGGAGUUUUACGCGAUCACUUCGAGGCGUUCAAGGGAUUAUAUCCGAGGCUUGGACAUCAGGAAACGAAGGCCUUUUGCCGCGAUGUUUCCGAAUGCGAGCCCCGACGCCAUUGAUUUCUUGAAUAGGACACUGACUUUCGACCCUAAGAAGAGGAUGACGGUCGAGGAAGCCAUUCAGCAUCCCUACCUAGCUCUCUACCAUGACCCAGACGACGAACCCACCGCUACUUCCAUUGACCCAGACUACUUCGAGUUCGACGACUUCAAGGACGUUCUGAGCAAGGAACAGCUCAAAGAACUUCUUUACGAGGAGGUCAUGGCCAUGCCCUCCUACAUAUAAACCUAAGCCCCGUUCCUUAUCUAAUUCCACACGAGCCGAAUACCAGUUUCGUACACACCAUUCCCAAGUUAGUUCCAGCAGAUCUCACUCUCCACUUAUUUAUUCGAGUUCGUCAAUAUCGGUCAUUCCAGCAUAAGACUGGUUGUCUACAUACCUCCACCGACCCCUUAUACUUACUAUUAGC